CUUCUCUUCUUUUUGUGCCGCCCCACUCUCGUUCUGUCAAACGUCCAAACGCCCCUCUAUAUCAUCAUCACACAUUCAGCUCCCCACAGCUCUUGUUGUCUAUACUGAGCCCCAUAAAAGGUAACAGAGAAGAAAGACCAACUAAAAGGAAAGAGUAUUCUCAUUACCUUUUUUGUUUGUUUGGUUUUGUUUUAUCAAUCCUACCUGCUGACCCAUUCCUCUCCAGAAUUUCCUCCCUUCCUCUUGAAGCUUAUUUUAUGAUCAACUCAUCAUUUUCUUUCGAUUGAUCAAUCCGAUUCCGUGGGAAACUUCUAUCGAUUCAACAUUCGAGAUUUUUUGUUAAACCAAGGAGACAGAUACUAAGAAAGAGAGGGAGAUGGCAUCAGCGAUGGAAAUUGGAGUCAAAAUGAGAAAAUUGCUGAUUAUUUCUAUCAGAGCAUGUCACAGAUCAGUUUGUAAUCAUCCUUUCUUUGUGGGUGUCUUGGGAUUUUUGAUUUUUCUGUACAGAUCCUUUCCUUUUUUAUUUUCCAUUUUGGUUUCUGCUUCCCCUGUUUUGGUCUGCACCGCUGUUCUGCUUGGGACCCUUCUUAGUUUUGGGCAGCCCAACACGCCUGAAAUUGAAAAGGAAGAGGAAGUUGCUCAUGACAUUUCAUCCUUUCAAACUGGGUUUUCAGGGGAUGCCACUGUCAUUGUUGAGAAAGAUGAGAGCGUUGUUGUAAAAACACAUGCAGAAAGUAGAGGUCUUAUAGAAGAGAGGAGCGUUGAUGAAGAAAGCUUGGGAGAAGAUAAAGUUAGGAACAUUGAGGAAAGUGGCAUUUUAAUUUCUUUCGCGCCACCAGUUGAUGAAAUCUCUCAAAAUUUCCAGAAUGAGAACAAAGCACGCGAGCAAAUGGAUAGACAACUCAGCAGUUUCGAGUUGGAAAAUAAGAAGGAAGUUCAUGAAGAGAACUCGAAGGCUGAAGGAGUUUCAAGCGAUGACGAUGCUAUUGAGAAACAAUACGUUUUUGUUCAAAAAGUAAACGAUGAUAUUCUUGAUGAUGAAAAUGAAGAAACUGUUGCAGAGCUGCUUCAAACUUCUAAGGGAGAUCAGUUGGAUUUUUCACCCAAUAACUCCUGUAAACCAGUGGAUAACAAUGAAGAGGAAGAAGACUCUUUGGAAUCAGGGUCUGAUCGGGCAGAGAGCUCCUCACCUGAUGCUUCCAUGGCAGACAUAAUGCCAAUGCUUGAGGAACUCUACCCACUGUUAGACCAGCAAGCCUCACGGACUGUACCAUUGUCCCAUGACGAAUCUGUUGCUUCAGAGAAGUCUCAAAAGACUGAUGAUGGCAGUGUUCAAUCAGAUGAAGAUACUGAGAACCGGGUUGGAGUGGAAGAAGAUGGCGUUGAUGAUCAUGACGAUGAAGAGGAAGAAGGUGGCAAAGAGGAUGAAAGUAAAUCUGCAAUUAAGUGGACCGAAGACGACCAAAAAAAUCUCAUGGAUCUGGGGACUUCUGAGCUAGAGAGGAACCAGCGACUAGAGAAUCUCAUUGCAAGGAGAAGGGCACGGAAAAUGAUGACUGAGAAAAAUCUAAUCGAUUUAGAAAGUUCUGAUCUUCCCUUCAAUGUUGCUCCCAUCACAACAACAAGACGCAAUCCCUUUGACCUACUUGAUGAUUCCUAUGCUGCCUUGGGGUUACCACCCAUUCCCGGUUCUGCUCCUUCUAAUCUGCAGCCUAGACGAAACCCUUUUGAUAUUCCUUAUGAUCCAAAUGAAGAAAAACCUGAUCUCAAGGGAGACAGCUUUGAGCAGGAGUUCCUGACAUUAAACCAGAAAGAUACAUUUUUCCGGAGGUACGAAAGUUUCAGCUUGAGGCCAUCUGUAUUAGGUGCAACCAAGCACGGGAAGCAAAAUAUGAGUUGGAAACCUAUCUUCGUAUCAGAGCAGCUGGCUUCAGAGGGAACUAGCUACCCCUCAUUCCAGAGGCAGUUGAGCGAAGUAAGUGAAACGAAUUUGAGUUCUGUUCAGGACACUGAAUCAGUGAGUUCAAGUGAGCAGGGCGAGAGGAAGUUUAAUGAACGAGAUUUGUCUCAAGAAACAGAAUUAAUAUCCAAUAUAGAUCAUGCUUCUGAAUGUGUUGAAAUUGGAAGUCAAUCCUCUGGAGAAAUUGAUCCUGUGGAAAGGAUACAAGUACUUGAGAGCAAUGCUCACCAUGAUGAAGUUGAAAUAGUGUUGGGUAGGGUGGAAAAUCUUUCUGAGAUGGAAUUCUAUUCUGAAACAGGAGAGAUUGCAGCACAUGAUGAAUUAAAUAUAGGUGAAAUCGAAUCCCAUUUGGGUAGAGAAACAGUGGUUGGGGAGAGCAACAGCAGAUCAAGCCAGUUUUCACUAUCAGAAGUGACUGACAACAUACCUGAUGAGAUGAGAAUAAUAUCAGCAAGUUUACAGUCAGGACACAAUAAUCUUCUGGACCCUAGAGUUUCAACACAAGAUUCUGUGGAGCAGGCGGACCUCCAGAAUGUAAUUGCUGGGGCGGAAGACUAUCAAACCACGGAACCUCUUUAUGAUUCUAUCCCACCAACUGCUGGCAAGGUUGCGUCAUUUCCUUCUGUAUCUUCUGAUUCAGCAACAGAGUUUAAUGAGAUGGCUUGGCCUCAAGCACCCGCAGAAAUGAUUGCUGACGUGACAGAUAAAGAUGAUCAUGUUCAAGAAGCCAAUGCUUCCUAUCAUGAAGAAAAUCACCCAGUAACUUCCCAACUACAUGUGGAAGUAAAUGAUGAAUGGCACUUUGGGGACUCUCAAGAUAUAAAUCAGCAUGAUGUUAAUGCAGAGCUGGCUUCAAUUGGCCCGGGCUUUGUAGUACGUAAUGAUUCUUCAGCGCCUUUGCCCAACGUUAUGAAGCCUGUUUCUGUGGAUUCAAGUUUGUCUUCAGAUGUUGGAUCAUUAAAUGCAGAGACGAAUACAGACUUGGUUCAUGAACAGGAGCAAGCUGACCUCUUACAUACUCAUGAACAGGAGCAAUCUGACCUCUUACACGCUGAAUCUGAAGUUCAAAAAGACAGUUCAGAUGAUUCAUCUUCUGGCUAUCACAUGGCUUCUGAGAAGUCACAUUCAUCACAUAAUGAAUCUGUGGAGGAAGGUUCAGUGUGCUAUGAUGUCGAAUCAUCCAGAUUUGACAAUGGCAAUAUAUUUGAGGGAGUCCAAGAUGCAGAUGAGAAGCCUGAGUUGAUAGAAUCUUAUUCCCUGUAUAAGUCUUCAAGUAAUUUAUCUAUGUCGGUACUGCAGGACUUGCAACCUUCGCUGGAAGCUGAGCAAGUUCCAGUAGUUGAUCCCAAUCUUCCUUCUGAAGAAACUGGUCAUAUAGAAAAGAAUUCACUGAAUAAGGAAGACAUGUUUGAGGUUGAACGGGAUAAAGAUGAGAAGCUGGAUUUGAUGGCUUCUCAUUCCCAGCAAAUAUCUUCAAGUGAUUCAUCUGUGUAUGUGCUACAUGAGUUACAGCCUUCUCUGGCAGCUGAUCAAGCUUCAUUUGUUCAUCCAAUUAUGCCUUCUGAGGAAACUGAACAUGCGGAGGAAACUUCGCUAAAAAAGGAAGACAUGGUUCCCGUUGAGCAGGAUAAAUUAUUCUUGUCAAAUUCUUUUGAGCAGGGUAACAUUGAUCUUCUUCGAGAUUUGGAUAAGGUGGUUCCUUCAAGUUCUGAUUGUGUAUAUGUGCGAUGUGAAGUAACAUCCCCCUCUAUCUUGGACUAUGACCAGCCAAGCGCUGGUAAUUCAGUAGCUGCACCAUCUUUUAGUGAUCAUGAUGAAAGUCAGAAAUCUUAUAUUGUUCAGGUUGAAUCCACAGAGACCAGAGACCAAGUUCUGCCACAGAUCUCAUCUGUCACUUCUUAUUCAUCUGACACUCCUGGAUUCAAAUCGCCAACUGACCAAGUGGAUUUAAAAGUUGAUACCGGGAAAGUUGUCAAUGAGAUGCAAGAAAUAUUGAAUUCCUCAGCAGAAGGCUACAUGGCUCUGUCUACCGAAGAAAAUAUCAAAGAAUCAGAUGAAUUAAAGGAAAUUGAUGAAGGAUUCUUGUCAGAAUUGGACACUGUUGGGGAUUUUGGCAUCAGCGAUGCUGGUGUAUCACUUUAUCCCGACAUAUUGCCUGGGGAGACUACUGUUAGGGAUGCUCGAGUUAGUUCAUUUCCUAAAGAGACAGCAAAGUAUGAUGAGGAGAUACCAUUUCUUGAAGCAAGAUCACUUGAAGAUAUUGACUGGGCUUUUAAGCAACUUAAAGAAGGAGUGGAUGUUGAGAAGGCCAUCCAACCAAGUUCAGUUAAGGAUCAGCUUACUGGUGAUGGUAUGGAAUCACUUCAUCCUGAUAUAUUGCCUGAGGGAAUACUGUUGGGGAUGCGCAAGUGUGUUCAUUGCCCAAAGAUACAACAGAGUCUGGUCAAGAGAUCCCAUUUCUUGAACCAAGAUCACUUGAAGAUAUUGACUUGGCCUUUAAGCAACUUAAAGGAGGAGUGGAUGUUGAGAAGGUCAAAUUACCAGGUUCAAUUAAGGAUCAGCUUUCUGGUGAUGCUGUGGUACCAUUUCAUCCUGAUCUAUUGCCUGUGGAGACUGUUGUUACGGAUGCUCAAGUAAGUUCAUUGCCCAAAGAUACUACAGAGUUUGGCCAAGAGGUCCACUUGUUGAAGCAAGAUCACUUGAAGAUAUUGACUUGGCAUUCGAGCAACUUGAAGGAGUGUAUGCUAAGAAGGUCAAACUACCAAGUGUGGAGAAUCAGCUUUCCAGUGACAAAUCUGAAGAACAUGUUGCUAAUUCAGACUUUCAAGUUGAUGAAGCUAGAUCUCAGGAUGAUGCCCGUAUGAAUCUAGAGGAAAUAUCAGAAGGUACUCAAAAGGAGCUGCCGAAGGUUUUAAACAUGAAGGAUGAACCAGCGGACAUAGAAGUGAAAAAAGUUGGCUCGGCCAAGAUGAUCGAAUCGUGUGAUGUAGGAUCUGAUGCUGAUGAACCGAACAAAACUUGUGGUUGAAACAGAACAUGCUCCGACAAGCAGCUCCAACAUUCACCAUACGAGAUCAAGUUCCGGUUCCAGUUCUAGUUCCACCUCAGGUGAUUCUGAUUGAUGCUGAAAUUACACUUAUGAUCAGGAAGAAGUGUUACGGCCCUUUUUUAUCCCACUGCAGUGAUGAGCGCUUGGGUUUCUGACUUCGUUACCAUCAUCCCUUGUCUAAUGGUAGUCAUAUUUCUCUAAUUUUUUUUUUUGGAAGGAUUGGUUUCUUCAAGAAUGAGUUUUGAUUUGAUUUCUUGAAAUGUGGGGUUUCUUUUUGUUCAGUUUUCCCCGUUGAGUGUGAGCAGUCUUAUUGAGGCAUAUAGACUGCCGCCUUAUUUCCAACAGUUGCAAUGUGUAAAAAAAUUGCCGUACAUUAUACAUUGAUUUGUAGAAAUGGUGUUUGGAUUUUGUUUCUCUUCAUAUAACAGAAUUUGUUUUUGUGGUCUUUGUUC